AAGUGAAAAUGUGUUUUCGUGUAAAAGGCCUUAAACUUUGUUUCCACAUUUGUUGCCCGUGACCCACUUUCCUGUCAGAAUCGUUCUUAUCUGCGAAUGUUGUCGAACGAAAAGUGGAUCGGCUCCCGUUUGUAAACAGUUUCGUUACGAAAUGGCCCGGGUGCGUAAAGUCGAGUAAAACGUCGGCUGUCGAGUGGUUUAAUCUUUAAUCUCGGAAGUGUUAUUUUCGAAACGGGGGGCGUUUAUCGUUUGCGGAAACGUUUAUCGUUCCACAGGUGUGAGCGUGCCAAUGUUGAGUUGGCUGCAUUGUGAUACGGGCGAAAUGUGUUCCGAUGUUGAUAUUUUUUCCUCUUUUGUUUUGGCCCACUUCUUUGACGUCUCUUGUUUUUGUUUAGUGUCGUGAAAGUGCGGACUCGUCCUUUUGCACUGGGACACGGUGCGCGGUCGUGUUUCCAGUCGGAUGUCGCCGUCCCAGCGGGAAACGCCGUCCCUUCUUUUCUACAACGAAUUUCGGAAUGUCGUGCCUUGCGCCGAGGAGGAACAGCCUCGGUGGAAAUUACACGUGAUAUUCUCCGCCUCCGUACGAAGCGAAAGGUGUCCGGAUUAUUUGAGAAGACUGUUUAUCCGUGACCCGGAUAAAAGCGCUUGACGUUUUCGCUCGACUUUGCUUACGGUGUCGCCUUUCAGUAUAAAAAAACUUUUCGCGAGAUUAUGACGACCAGUUGACGGAUUGGACGUCUCGAAAGAAUAAGAGAGAAACCACACGGUGCACGCGAAUUAUGGAGAGGAAAGCCUCGAAAUCCGGGCCCCAGACGGACGUCCUCGACAGCUUCGAGUUUGUCAUGCCUCCGGAAGCGCCUUUCUUCCAGCCGACGAGAGACGAAUUCAAAGAUCCUUUGGCCUUCAUCGAUAAAAUAAGGCCGAUCGCCGAAACGUCUGGCAUCUGUCGGAUAAAACCUCCUCAGGAUUGGCAACCACCAUUUGCAGUGGAUAUAGGAAAAUUUUUAUUUACUCCUAGAGUCCAACGCCUAAAUGAACUUGAAGCUAAAACCAGAAUACGAUUGAACUUCCUUGAUCAAAUAGCUAAAUUUUGGGAACUUCAAGGUACACCUUUGAAAAUUCCAAUGGUCGAAAGGAAAAUUCUUGAUCUCUAUACAUUACAUCAAAUUGUAAAAAAUGAAGGAGGAUUUGCUACUGUAACCAAACAAAAACUUUGGGGUAAGGUUGCAAUACGAAUGGGAAUGCCCAAGGGUAGAGGCAUUUCUUCGGUAUUAAAGGGUCAUUAUGAAAAGAUUUUAAGCCCAUUUGACAUAUUUGAAGAGACUAAAGUAAGCAAGGACAAAAUAGAUGAGCAUUUAAAAGACAGUUUGACUGGUAGCAAAAAUGAAUUAAAACGUCUUCAGAUAUAUGGCGCAGGGCCCAAAAUGGCAGGAUUUAAUAUUGAAACAGAUAAAAAAGAUAAAUCAAAGAAAGCCACUUACGAUCAACAAGAUCCUCUUGCAAAAUAUAUUUGCCAAGUGUGUGAACGAGGAGACGAAGAGGAAACAAUGCUUUUAUGUGAUGGAUGUGACGACAGUUACCACACUUUCUGCCUAGUUCCACCACUCACUGAGAUUCCAAAAGGUGAUUGGCGUUGUCCAAAAUGCGUUGCUGAAGAAGUCAGUAAACCUAUGGAUCCAUUUGGUUUUGAACAAGCUCAGCGAGAAUAUACCUUGCAACAAUUUGGAGAAAUGGCUGAUAUUUUUAAAGCAAACUAUUUUAAUAUGCCAGUACAUAGAGUACCACUCCCAUUAGUUGAAAAGGAAUUCUGGAGGAUUGUUUCUUCCAUUGAUGAAGAUGUUACUGUCGAGUAUGGUGCUGAUCUUCACACAGUGGAUCACGGAUCAGGUUUCCCCACAAAGGAUUCCCACAGUUCUGAAAUGGAGAAUCCAGACAUAUUACAGUACAUAGAGUCACCAUGGAAUUUAAAUAAUAUGCCAGUAUUACAAGGAUCGGUACUCAGUCACAUUUCAGCAAAUAUUUCCGGGAUGAAAGUACCAUGGAUGUAUGUUGGAAUGUGCUUUGCAACCUUUUGUUGGCACAAUGAGGAUCAUUGGAGCUAUUCCAUUAACUAUUUGCAUUGGGGAGAACCAAAGACAUGGUAUGGUGUACCAGGUAGUUAUGCAGAACAAUUUGAAGCAACAAUGAAACAAGUGGCUCCAGAAUUAUUUCAAACUCAACCAGAUCUCCUACAUCAGCUUACUACCAUUAUGAAUCCGAAUGUAUUAAUGAAAGCAGGUGUUCCUGUGUACCGCACAGACCAAGAAGCUGGUGAAUUUGUAAUUACAUUUCCUCGAGCUUAUCAUGCCGGUUUCAAUCAAGGAUACAAUUUUGCAGAAGCUGUUAACUUUGCACCUGCUGAUUGGCUAUCAAUGGGUCGAGAAUGUAUUACACGUUAUGCUUCUUUACACCGCUUCUGUGUAUUUUCUCAUGAUGAACUUGUUUGCAAAAUAGCUUUGAAUGCAUCAUCGAUAGAUCCUAAAAUUGCAGCUGCAACUUAUGAUGAUAUGUUGAAAAUGGUAGAGAUGGAGAAAAAUCUAAGAAAAAAGUUAUUGGGUUGGGGAGUUUGUGAAGCAGAACGCGAAGCUUAUGAACUUGUACCUGAUGAUGGAAGGCAAUGUUAUUGUUGUAAAACAACAUGCUUCCUUUCUGCUGUCACUUGUAAAUGCUCGACAGAUAAACUGGUUUGCCUUCAUCAUUUUGAUUCAUUGUGCGAUUGUCCGCCCAAAAACCAUAUUUUGAGGUAUAGGUAUACAAUGGAUGAGCUGCCUGCAAUGCUGCAAAAAUUAAAAGAGAAAGCUGAAAUAUUCGAAGUUUGGAUAAAAAAAGCAAAACGGAUUUUAAACCAUGAAAUGUGUCGAUCCAUAGAUUUAAACGGGUUGAAAGCACUAUUGACAGAAGCAAAAGAUAGGCAAUUCCCGGAUUCAGAAUUAUUGCACUCUCUCAUUAAUGCUGUUCAAGAAGCAGAAAAAUGUUCAAAUAUUGCUCAACGUUUAAAUUCAAAUAAAGAAAGAGUAAGGACUAGAAUUUGUCCUGAAAAAAAGAUGACAGUGGACGAGCUAACUUUAUUUAUAAAAGAAGUCAAUAAUUUAGUGUGCAAAAUUGAACAAGGAGACAGUUUAAACUCUUGGCUGCACCAGGCUUUGCACUUCCAAAAACAUGCAUCUCUACUAUUAAGUAUGGAUAGUGUAUUAUUGGAACAAUUGAAAACAGCUAAGCAAGAGGGAAUUUCAUUAAAUCUUGAAUUUGAAGAACUCGAUCUCAUAAACAAGGAAAUAGAAAUAAGAAGUUGGAUAGAAAAAGCAGAUGCAAUGUUGGUUUUUGACCAAGAUACUGAAACAAGUGAUUUAAGCGACAUGAUCAAGAACGGCAUUAGUUUGUUAAAAACAAACAUCCAUAGUAUGAAACAUCAACAAACUUUGGAGGACUGCAUAUCAAAGUUGCAAAUUUUGCUACGUUUAGCAGAAAAAUGGGAAUCAAAAGCAAAACAUCUAUUAAAUGCAAAAUCUGAAGAUAAACUUUAUGAGUUUGAAAAUCACUUGAUAGAUGGAAAGUAUAUUCCAGUGAAAUUGUAUUCACAUAGUAAAUUAGCAAAUGCUAUUGCACUUACAAAAGCUUGGUACAAAGACGUUGAAAGUAUUUGUGAAGUGAAUAUGAUUUCUAAUAAGAAUGAAUUGCAACAUUUAAUAGAGCGAGCCGCUUCCUUACCCAUAAAUAUUAAUGUUGAUAAAUUAAAAAAUAAUUUGGUAUUCAGGGAUAAGUGGAUCGCAGAAGUUUGUAAAGCUUUCUUAAAAAAUGGUGAUCAAGAGUUAAUUGAAGUAUUGUUUCCUCGUAUCAGAAAUUUAUUGCAGGAUGAGAAACAAUUCACUACUUCUUGGAGUAAAGAUUUCUCUCUUUGUGAUAUUCCAUCUUUGAAAACUGAGUGGUUUACCUCUUUUUAUAAGAAAGCAACUGCUAGAGAACUUUCAAAUUUAAAGUCUUUGCGAAUUAAAAAUAAACAAGUUAUGAUGAACAGCAAAGACGUUUCGCGGCAUUGUUUUUGUAAAAGUAAGAAAAAAGGUGCUUUGGUCAAAUGUAUUCUAUGCUCUAUCACAAGUCAUGAAAUAUGUGUAUCAAAAAAUUGGAAGUGCAAAGAUAAUAUGAAAUCCAAUUACCUAAUAAUGAACUACAUUUGUCAAGAUUGCGAGAGAUCUAAGAGACCUCCUUUGAAUGUUAUAAAAUCCCUUAUCGCCGAUUUACAAAACACGAACAUAAAAUUUCCAGAAGGUGAAGCUUUGAAGCUACUUAUGGAAAGGAUAAAAGCUUAUAAGACCAAAGUUGAGAAAGUAUUACAGAAUAAAAACUUAAUAGAAGUUAAACCGUUUGGAGACCAUAGGAAAAAAAGAAAAAUUAAAGAAGAGACAGAUGAUGUAUGUAAGGAGGAUCUCAAAUUACCAAAAGAAAUUUCAACCAAUAAAAAUUGUGAUGAAACAAGUGAUACUACAGGAGUAAACCAGGAAGAGGAUGAACCUCCCAAAACUUUUUCCCAUUCAGUUAAUAUUUUAAAAUCCGGCUUAAAAUUGUCCAAAGAUGAUUUGUCUGUAAUCAAGUCACUUUUACACGAGGGGAGUGCUAUCGAAGCUUCUAUAAUACACACAUCAUUUUUACUAAAAUUGUUAAAAGUUGCAAAGCAGAAACCUAUUGAGAAAAGGAAACCCAACCAAGAUAGCGUAUUAAAUGUAUAUAAAAAAGAUCAAAAUAUGAAAACAAAUGGAAACCUUAAAAAGGUGGAUUACAAACAGAGAAAGAAUAAAGGUAUAUUAAGUCUUGUAGAUAAUAAAAACACAGUUAGAUUAAAUUCGCACGGCAAUUCUUCGAAAUCGAAUCUUACGAAAUCGUCUGUUACACUGAUGAGCAAAGUGAAAACAAAAGAUGCGAAAGGCCUUCGGAAUGAACGGAGGCUAAACAAACAUUCACAAGAAGAAAGUUUAUCGGCAGAUGAAAAUACUUGUGAUAAUUUAUUAAAACCAUCAACCGAACCGUUAAUCAAAGAUAAACCAAAAAGGGAUAAGCGUCCACAAAAAACAAGCAAAAAAGGUUCACAUGAAGGAGACAACACACAGGAAGAUGGUGGUGGUGGUGGUGAUGAUGAUGAAGAUUGUGCGUUACCAAAUUGUCUUCGUCCUGUAGGAGUCAAAGUUGAUUGGGUGCAAUGUGAUCAAUGUCUUUGCUGGUAUCAUUUGCUGUGCAUAAAAUUAAAAAAAAGUGAUGUUAAAGAGGACCAAGAUUUUUUUUGCCACGAAUGCAAGAAAAAUUCCCGCUUUCCAAGGAAAUGUAAAAAAUAAUUUAUGUGGAACCCCUUGCUAACUUAAGGAUAUCGAAUGUGAUGACGCUUUUAUUAUAAUAGUAAAGUGAAUAUUAGACCAAAUUAUUGUAUUAAAACAUAAUCAUAUAAAAUGGACUGAUCUUCAAUGUAAGGUUGAACAAAAUAUUAUUUUUUAUAAUAUA